AUGCCGCUGUCAAACGACAACAACAAGGGUGUGACUGGUGCAGUGACCACCGUGACAGGGACUCUCGGUGCCGUCGUGGGAGGUGUCUCACGAACUGUUGGAGGCGUCGUGGGAGCAACUGGCCGUGGAGUGGGAGAUACGAUCAACAAUGCCACAGGAACCAAAGCCGUUGGCGAUGGACUCCAAGGCGUAACCAACGGCAUCGAAGACGGAGCAGCCAACGUUGCCCACGGCGUGGAAGACGGCAGCAGAGGCAAGAAAGUCUGGUAA